AUGCACGCCGAAUCGAAGAAAAUCUAUCCCAACAGCAUCCGUGAUGAGCAACGAAUAUGUAGUCAAUUGAAUUCUAUUCGAAGAAAUGCAUUGUCAUCUGCUGAAAUGGAACUGAUAAAGCAACAAGUGAGCAUGGAAAUGCGGGGAAACGGGACACAAACUGAAGCCCAGGUUGAGGAACUGGAGACAGAUCACUCGGAGGGGGAACCUGAAGUUGAAGUCCAGCAAGCAACACCAAGACAUGACGAGGAUGCUAUUGUCAGUAAUCUGAAGGAAAAUUAUCAGAAGUAUAAUAUUCUAUACCAAGGGACACCCCUUGAUCUUCGACCGCGUAUACCAAAAAUUGCGGGAAAUAAGACGUUUUACGACGCUUGUAGAGAAAUGAAUACCAUCUUAGAAGAACUAACCCUCACACCUAAUUCUCUGGAGGAUCUAGCUGGGGAAGUGCAUAGCUCUGCCUUAGCCGUUUGUAGGACACUCAACAUGUCUAUUGAGAUCGAAUCCGCAGAGUUGAUUCAGCAAUAUUUAAAGGAAUCGAAUCUGUUGAGAACGCUGCAGGUGUUGCAAGAUGAAACGGGAGUCUCCCUUAACACAGUGGACAGUGUUGAAGGAUUUGUUGCAGAUAUAAAUAAUGGCCACUGGGAUACAGUACUUAAAGCUAUUCAAUCAUUGAAGUUGCCCGAUAGGAAACUUAUUGAUUUGUAUGAGCAGGUAGUUCUUGAGCUCAUUGAAUUGCGAGAAUUGGGUGCAGCUCGUUCUCUAUUACGGCAAACAGAUCCAAUGAUAAUGAUGAAACAACAAGAACCAGAAAGAUAUAUUCAUUUAGAUAACUUGCUGGAACGAUCAUAUUUUGACCCAAGAGAAGCCUACCCUGACGGUAGCACUAAAGAAAAGCGACGAGCUGCUAUAGCACAAGCAUUAGCUGGUGAAGUGUCAGUGGUGCCAUCAUCGCGUUUGUUGGCAUUACUUGGUCAGUCACUAAAAUGGCAACAACAUCAAGGACUUUUACCACCUGGUACAACAAUUGAUUUAUUUCGUGGCAAGGCUGCGAUGCGAGAUCAAGAAGAAGAAAAAUAUCCUACUCAGUUAUCCAAACAAAUUAAAUUUGGUCAAAAAUCUCAUGUUGAAUGUGCAAGAUUUUCCCCUGAUGGGCAAUAUCUUGUUACUGGUUCUGUUGAUGGAUUUAUUGAAGUUUGGAACUUCACUACUGGUAAAAUUCGAAAAGAUUUGAAGUAUCAAGCCCAAGACAAUUACAUGAUGAUGGAAGAAGCAGUUUUAUGCAUGGCUUUCAGUAGAGAUUCAGAGAUGUUAGCAUCUGGAUCUCAAGAGGGAAAAAUAAAAGUUUGGAGAAUUCAAACAGGUCAAUGCCUACGUCGAUUUGUCAAAGCUCAUGCUAAAGGAGUCACAUGCUUGCAGUUCUCUAGAGAUAACAGUCAAGUGCUUAGUGCAUCUUUUGAUGCCACAAUAAGAAUCCAUGGUUUGAAAUCAGGGAAGACCUUGAAAGAAUUUAGAGGUCAUGGUUCCUUUGUCAAUGAAGUAGUGUUUACUCCAGAUGGUCAUAAUAUACUGAGUGCUUCUUCUGAUGGUACAGUAAAAGUGUGGAGUAUAAAGUCUACAGAAUGUACCAAUACAUUCAAGUCUCUGGGUGCAGCUGAUAUUACAGUUAAUAGCAUACAUUUACUACCUAAGAAUCCAGAACAUUUUGUUGUAUGUAAUCGAUCAAAUACAGUUGUUAUAAUGAACAUGCAAGGACAGAUCGUACGGUCCUUUUCCAGUGGUAAACGAGAAGGUGGUGACUUUGUGUGUGCUACCUUGUCACCUAGAGGAGAAUGGAUUUAUUGUGUUGGUGAAGAUUUAGUAUUGUAUUGCUUCUCAACUGCUUCAGGGAAACUGGAGAGAACUCUUAAUGUUCAUGAAAAGGAAGUUAUUGGUGUUUCCCACCACCCCCAUCAAAACUUGCUGUGUACAUAUAGUGAAGAUGGAUUACUGCGGCUGUGGAAGCCUUAAGAUGAUCAUUCAUCUCUAUUCUUACUUAAUGAGAUCAAUUCUGAAGAGGAUAAAACAACUGUUGGUGAUAUUGUACUGUUUCGCCUCCAGAAUGUGUUUCAUCCAUAUUUUGAAAUUAGUUUGAAAUGUGCUACUAACGCAUUCAGUCAUCAUAUUCAGUUGUUUUUUGGUAAAGUACAUUUAUAAGAUGAAGUAAAAUUCUAUUCCUGUAGUUUUGCUGAGAAAAUGUGAAACUAUUGCUAUGAAUAAUUUAUAUUACAUUGACAUUUGUAAAUAAAAAUAGUUUGUAUGUACUAUUUGGUUCAUUUAUUAUACAUAUGUUUUUCACUGUAUUUCCUUUUUAUUGUAUUUAAAUCCGUAUGAAGAGUAACUGAAGGUGAAAUUUUAUAUCAAAUAUUUUCCAAACUUUUUGCAAUUGUUGACUUUCCUUUUACUCCCUCCUCAUUUUCACUUUCUCUCAUAUUACAUAAAUAGUAUAUAGAAAGUUAUGAAAUGCUGGAGUGCAAAUGGUGAUUUUUUUGGCAGAAAAAGCUAUUAUUAGAUCCCUGAUUAUAAAAAGGUGGUAAUUCUUGUUCCUGUAUGUAGUUAAUAACUUCCUCUAACAGUUGUGAACUCGGAAUCCACUUUUUGUGUUUCCUUACCGAAAAAUUGGUUUACAUAAACUGACUUGUCUAAUAAUCUGUGAACAAUGUUAGCAGUGAACCAUGAGGAAGACUUCCACCACAAUUGAUAUUCCCCAAUUC